AUGUUGGACUUAAUAAAGGACAGGGAGGGCAUUGAUAAGCCAUUCCAUGCCGAACCCUAUUUAUAUAACCUGGUUUCAAAUAUACACUUGGCGGCUAUGUAUAGCAACAAGGUGAAACUAAGCGAGUCCGAGAUGGAAAAGUUUAAAUUCGUGUCGUACGCAUUUUCAUCUGACCUUGGUGACCGCAUAUUUCGCUACGAAUUUGUGCCAUACAUGAAAUAUUUUAUGGCCAACCCUUUCGACAUGUACCGCAAGUAUUUCGCUGAACUCCACGAGUUUUCCGCAAAUCAUUUCCAACGACACACCGAAACCUACGACAAGGAAAACAGACGUAAUUUCUGUGACUUACUGAUCGGCGCCAAACACGAGGCCGAGGCUAAUGAAAAGGUCUCGGCUCAGCACCUGACCGAUAUUAACAUGGCCACCACCUUGCUGGAUAUAUUUCUAACUAGCGUUGAUGUGACCCACAUGCUUUUAUGGAUAAUCCUAUUGGUGGCCUAUUACCCGGAUGUUCAGCAAAAGAUACGUGAUGAAAUCCGCAGUGAGCUAGGUGAUCGACCCGUAACCGGCGAUGACAGACACAAAUUGCAUUACACUAUGGCCUAUGUCUACGAGGUAUUUAGAUAUAGAAACUCAGCUCCGAUUGGUUUCUUUCAUAAAACAUUAAAGGACUGUAAAUUAGGCAAAUUUUCACUACCAAAAGAUACCUGUGUAGUAGUGCACCAGUACUCUAUAUUAAUGGAUGAUAAUUACUGGGAUAAGCCUGAUGAGUUUAAUCCUGGUCGAUUUUUGGAUGACCAGGAUAAAUUGAUUGCCGUAAAACCCGCAGCUUUUAUACCAUUUGGUUACGGCCGUCGUGUAUGUAUUGGCGAGCAAAUGGCAUAUAAUAAUUUGUUUGUGACCCUGUGUUGUACUCACCUUGUAUUUCGUAACUACAAAAAACACUGGAACCUUGAACUGAUAAAACUAUACAAAAUAUACGGUCCAGUGUUUACUAUUUGGAUAGGACCAUGGCCAUUUGUCAUCGUAUGCGACCUGGACAUUGCCAAAGAGGCAUUUAGCAAGGUUGAUUUCUCUGGUCGACCACCUAACGAUAAGCACACUGAGAUCGCGUUCGCCGAUUACGGCAAGACAUGGGAGGCCUUACGAAAGGUGGGCCACAGCGCCGUUAGAAAAUACGCCAAAUCUGUUGAAGUGUCGCAUUUGGUCAAUGAGACCGUGGCUGAGGUUUUGGACGCAAUUAAGGACAGGGAGGGCAUCGAUAAGCCCUUCCCGGCUGAGCCCUAUUCUUUCCAUCUGUUUGCUAACAUACAUAUGUCCGCUGUAUUCAGUCAAAAG